UACGAGUGCAGCGUUUCCCGAGAACGGCGUCUCGUUUUACUGCAGCGAUUAUUCGAAUCGCUUAACGGCAGGUGAAAUGGAAAUUGAUCGAUUAAAAAAUUGAAAUAUAGCUAAUUUGAUUAUUUGUUGUCGUGAAACAAUUUCUUUUGCUACAAAUGGGAAUUAAACGAUUUAAAAAAAAUCGAUUACGUAAUGUUAUUGUGCUUUAUAAACAGGUGUACCUAUUACAAAAAUUUAUGAAAAAAUAAAAGUUAUCU